AUGGAUUACAUCGAGCGAGGUAUAGCCUGGGUCCUAAAAAACAAGCGGGGGCGCGACGCAGGCCUCAUUCCCAAUUCCAACCCAUUCAGCAACGUUCGCGAACCAACCAUCACUCUUGAAUGCCCAGACAUCGGCCCAUCUGGCUCAGAAUUCCCCGCUAGCUUCUCGAUGUUUGCCGAGGGAAGAUUUCCCACGCUGGAAUGGAAGUUGCCUGAAGACUUUCCUGAAGGAAGUGAAGUUAAGGAGUGGCUACUCGUCAUCCAAGAUCCCGAUGCGCCCUUGCCAGACCCAGUGACGCAUGGGAUUUACUAUUCCAUUCCUGCGGAUAAGACUAGUCUUGCGCAUGCUGACUUUGAGCUGGUUGCUGGUGCUGCUGAUGGCGAGGACAAGAACUCCCUCAAGGGUGGGUUCAAGUACGGCGUCAAUCGGCGCACGAAUGUCUACAUGCCGCCGCGCGGGUUGAUGGGUCAUGGAUCUCAUCGUUUCUUUUAUCAAAUUGUGGCGCUGAGGGAGCCGAUUGAUACAGCUAAGUUGAGUCCGGUAGCUACCAAGGAGGAAAUUAUUGCGCAGAUAGAUGGGAAGGUCAUUGCUUGGGGGCAGUGGAUUGGGAUGUGGGAGAGGAAACCCUAA